AUGACGGAAACUGAUAGCAAAGCAACCCUUUUGACAGAGGCAAGCAAUGGUUGGGGUGGCAUGAAACUCCCAAGAGACCUAUACUCUAGCAAAUUUUCCUAUCUCAUUCGCUUCCACAGAAUUGCGAGCCUAAUCUGUGCUAUUUAUCUUCUGCUGGCCGUUGCUGUAACAUUGUUACUCUUUGUUAAAACUGUCUCUGAAGAUGUCCAAGUAAUGUCAGUGCUUUUUUAUGUUAGUGUACCGGUUGUUAUGUUGGUAACGGUCGCUUUUAUUACACACCGCGUUGAUCUUCCUACAGCAGCAAAGGUGGCGCUCCUCAAAGAAACUAUCAUACAGCGCCCAGCUGUGUCUUCAGAACUGUGGGAUGUGAUUGCAGCACAUAUGAACGAGUUCUUUUGUGCUAAUGGUUUAACUUCCUUACCAUUUUACUAUGAUGGUAACGAUUGUCAUGAUCAUUUCAAGAGCAUGUUUAUAGAUAGCACUGCACCAUUUCCCACAGAGCCUUCGAGUGGGAUUAGCGAAAAUCAACAGAAUGCUACUAUUGGGAAUAAUGCUAACAGAGAAAUAAGGUCAACUAUUGCUACCAUUAGGAAUAAUGCUAACAGAGAAAUAAGGUCAAUUAUUGAUGAGGCUGUAAGGCUUUACGAUCAGAGUGUGGAUGAUCACUGGAGACAGCAGCUUGGGGAAGCGUCCUCGCAAUUACCCGAGUAUCCUGGACCUUGA